AAAAAAUUACCUCGGUUGAUAUCUUGAUGCUCGCACUCGCACCGAGCAGACGAACCGACGACCACUUUGACUUUGACCAAAAUGUCGCACGAUGGCCAACAAAAGAGCAGCUCUUUGACAUUAGUGCUAAUGGUUGCUUCUGCAGCCAUUGGAGGAACUCUGCAGUACGGGUACAACCUGGCCAUCACGAAUGCACCCACUACUUUCAUCCAGACCUUCAUCAACGAGACCUUCGCGGCGCGGUGGGCCGUCCAGCUGGAGGACUUCCAGGUGACUCUGGUGUGGACCGUCAUCGUCUCCAUCUUCUCGUUGGGCGGCCUCGGGGGUGCAAUCAUCGCGGGGCCCAUGUCCAUUCGCUUCGGGAGGAAAAAAUGCCUGCUGCUCAGCAACAUUUUCCUCCUCAGCGGCGCCCUCCUGGCUUUGGCGAGUCGAGCCGCCGGGUCUGUGGAGAUGAUCGUCUUGUCACGUGUCCUGAUCGGAAUAAACGCAGGAAUCGGCAUGAACGUGCAACCAAUGUAUUUUGGAGAAAGCGCACCAAAGCAUCUCCGGGGGGCCGUGUCCUUGUCCUCGGCUGUUUUUACAGCUUUCGGGGUCGUGUUGGGACAAGUGGUGGGACUCAGAGAGAUUUUGGGCAGUGAGUCGCGUUGGCAGUAUCUCCUCGCCAGUAACGCCAUUCCGGGCUUGAUUCAGCUCUUGACCCUGCCCUGGUUCCCCGAAAGCCCCCGAUACUUACUCAUCGACAGGGGGGACAAGGAGGCCUGCGUGGACGCCCUGCGGCGGCUGCGUGGCCGCGAGGUCCCGAGCAGCGAGCUGGCCGAGAUCCUGCAGGAACGAGCGGAAACCGCCGGCGCCAGGCCCAGCCGGCCCUGGGAGCUUUUCCGCGACCGCUCCGUGCGAUGGCAGCUCAUCUCCGUCAUGGUCGUCAGCAGCGCCAUGCAGCUUUGCGGCAACGACUCGAUCUACUUCUAUGCAUCUUAUGUUUUUAAAGAGGCCGGAAUAUCCAACGAGCAAAUCCAGUAUGUCACAAUCGGCACGGGCACGUGCGAGUUCACAGCCUGCAUCAUGUGUAACCUGCUGAUCGAGCGCAAAGGUCGGAGGUUCAUGCUGAUGGGAGGCUUCGUCCUCAUGACCGUCUGGGCCCUGGUCUUCACCGUCGCUUUGUCUUUUGAACACCUAAUAUCGUGGAUGCCUUACUUAAGCAUGGCCUGCGUCUUCACCUACAUCCUCAGCUUCGGCAUGGGACCACCUGGUGUGACCGGAGUCCUGCCCACGGAAAUCUUCACUCAAACUGCUCGGCCGGCGGCCUACAUGAUCGCCGGCUCCAUGAUGUGGCUCAACCUCUUCAUCGUAGGGAUGAUCUUUCCAUUUUUAGUGAGCGAGAUGCGGCAGUACUGCUUCGUGCCUUUCGGGACGGUGUGCCUGCUCUCUGCGCUCUACGUGGGGCUGGUCCUGCCGGAGACGAAGGGCAAGUCGUUGUCAGCCAUCACCGACGAAUUUCACAAGCUCAACUUCAGACACGAGGAGGGGCCGUGCGGCGGUCGGAGUCGGUACCGGGCGGGCGAAGCGUCCGCGUCCACUGCCUUGUAGAGGACCUGCCGUCAUCACAACCGAAGGAAUAUAAAAUUGCACUUUUGUAUUUUCACUUAGGCGCACUUUGAUACUUGAUUCGGCUAACACAGAUAUUUUGUGUUCCGUGAACUGUACAGCAGAAAGAUGUAUUUGUGUGCCUACGUAGAUCUACAACUGAGACUCCCAAAUUAUGACUUGGACUAGUCGGAUAGUGUUGAUCUCAGGCACAGAUUUUUCCAAGCACACCGCCUAACAAAUUGCCACACAAAGCAUCUCAUGUAAUAAUGAUAAUCUUGUGUGAAUUUAUUCACAAAAUUACCGCAGUGACAAAUCUGGUACUGUUUAGUUGAAGACAAAACUGUUAUUCUCUCGUAUCAAACAGGAUCUUGGGAACAGAUUUUCAGCAAAAAUCACGGAUGUUGACGAACAAGAUUCGCUUUCCCGGGCCACAUAAAAUGAUAUGGUGGGCCACGUCUGGACCCCAGGCCUUGAGUUUGACACCGAUGGCAUAAUCACACUUUCUGCCAUCUCGUGGGAGAGCAUUUAACUGUUCUGCCUGACACUAUAGGUCACGGGCAUAGGUAGAUGAAAAAGAUAAAAUAAUAAUCAAAUAAAUAAUAAAUACAAAAAUCUAAUUUAAAAUAAAUAAAUACCUUUCACAGACCAAUUAAGUGAAAUUGGAGUUUCCCGAGGCACACCUGUGCACCAUCAAAAAUUCUAUGGAUGGAUGUCAUCCUCCAGCUAUUUUCAUGACAGCUGAAAAUUAUGAGCUUCUAUUUGCACACGUUUUAAAUAUGUUUUCGUGCUCUGUUUCAUGUUUAUAAAUCCUCAACAAAAUCCAAUAAACUAUAUUGUUAUAUGCGUAUUUGCCUGUGUGUCACUAUAACAGAAUCCUUCUUACAAGUCACCAUUUUUUUUUACACAGGAAAUUUAAAAAAAAAUUGUGAUAAAUCUCAACCUAACAAAAAAGACACAAAUGUUGAAAUUGAAUCUAUGGUCUCACGAACGAUUGAUCUACCAAAGAUAAAAAUUAGAAAAGAAAAUCCUGAUCAAAGGGAAUCAAAUAAAAACAGGGUAAUGUGCUAAAUAGUUUUUUUGUUGGUCCCCUUUGAAAAAAAUGUUGAUCUCUUUAUUUUGCUCAAUCCCAUAAAUAAAUGAAAAAAAUGCCCACCAGUAAAUAUUUUUUUUAAAACAAACCUUUUCUGAGCCGCUUAUUCUCACAAGGGUCGAGUGAGCCCUGGAGCCUAUCCCAGAUUGUACUUCAAUGUUAAAUACAACUGAAUUGUACUUUAAAAAAUGUAUUGUGCCUGAAAUGUAAAAAAAUAUAACACAUUGGAUUGAACAAGUUUGAAUUAUGAUUAAAUGUAGUUUGUUUUAAAUACUAUAAAUUUAGCCUUAUGAAAGAGAAUUCGGGAUGUUUAACGCUACCCUUGGGCGAUGUUUAGUGUCAAAUUUUACAACCACAUACUGUACCUUUGCCUUAAAGUCUGCUUAAUGGUAAAUCUCAUACACAAACUACCAAAAAGCAUCUAUCUCAUACAAUUUAAGAACUGUAUAUGAGCAUGAUACAAAUAUAGUAUAUUAUAAUGAUGCAAACAUAAAUAUUUUCUGCAAAACAACAACAAAAAAGACAAACUUAUUGAGUCACUUGCAGGACUGCUGUAACUUCUUGUCUUGCAUCUGCAGGCCUGUAUUAUACUGCCACAUGGUGGCCAAAUCUUGUACACCCAGAAAUCCAUCCAUCCGUUUUCUUUGCCGCUUAUCCUCAUGAGGGUUGUGGAGAGUGCUGGAGCCUAUCCCAGCUGUGAAGGGGCAGGAGGCGGGGGUACACCCUUAACUGGUUGCCAGCCAAUUGCAGGGCACAUCGGGACAAACAGCCGCACUCACAAUCACACUUAGGGGCAAUUUAGGGUGUCCAAUUAUUGUUGCAUGUUUUUUAGGAUGUGGGAGAAAACCCACGCAGGCACGGGGAGAACAUGCAAACUCUACAUUGCUUAACUUGUUGACAAACAUUCAUUGCUGGUAUCAUGAUUUGUAAGGGGUUAUUACUUAAAGUAUGGAGAUGGCGAGAUUAAAGUUACACCAAAUGUGCAACGCUCCUACAACACGACAGGACAUAUAAAGUACCGUAAUUUCCGGCCUACAAGCCGUGACUUUUUUCCCCACACGCUUUCAACCCUGCGGUUUAUGCAGUGAUGCGGCUAAUUUGUGGAUUUUUUUUCCUCACGGCCGCAAGGGAAAAGGUAAGAAUGAGACCGGUGGAAUAUAUGUGCCGAGGAAGUGACUUUUACCAGCCCUGUUAACGCUGCACUAGCAUUGUGCUAGUGUUUUGCUGCCGUGUUACGAGUCUGUGAUAUUUACCAGUCAGUUUUGUUUUAACCGGACCUGUUAGCGUUAGCGGUAAACUUUCUGUGUACUGUCUUUGUAAAUAUCUCGUGUUUCAAUGUGGGCACUUGUGGCGUUUCCACAGCUGCGGCAUAUGUAUGUACCAAAUGGUAUUUCCUUUACAAAUGUACUCGGUGAGGCUUGUAACCAGGUGCACUCUGUCGGCCGGGAAUUACGCUAAAUGUCCCCAA